AUGGCGGUCACACCGCUCUCGCCUCGCUCGCAGCAGGCGCAGAAUAUGGCCAUGCCAAUGCCACCGCCUUUGCUUCACACGCGGUCCGGCAAUGAAGCAUACGAUCGACCCAGCACACCCAACAGCAAUGCCUUCGUUAGUCCUUCACAGACUCCGGUUGGUAGUCCAAGCAAGAAGCAGCUGCCUCCUGGCAGUACUGAUCUGCCCAAUGUGUUCGACAAUGCUCUCAAGCUUGCGCCAUCGUCACCCACCAAAGGACCAAUCUCACCAAACAAGCUCGCUCUAGCGGAUGACAGUAUGCUCCGACAAGACUACAAUGACCCAUUCGGCCGGUCUGAGAGUCCGACGAGGCAGUCAAACAAGGAGAACACACCAGCCGGAGAUGGGAAAGCUGUACAGAGUCACGCGGCGAUGUCGAGGAGAGGCCAGUAUGAGACUGUUGAUUCCAGGCGCAACAUUCCUACACGAGGCUUGACUCCGGAAGAGUUACAGAAGCUGCAGAACCCCAAGAUGAAGCGGUUGGCCAACGUCACCCAGCUGUAUUUCCUCGAUCACUACUACGAUCUCCUCACAUACGUCCACAAUCGACAAGUCCGUGAUGAUCUCUUCAGAGAAGCAUAUCCUGCCGACUCCACUACUCCUCAAGAACGGGAAGCAGCGUUCAGCAAGCAUCUCGGCAAGGAGCGAGCAGGUCUACGAAAGCGACGAACUCGCCUUCGACACGGCGACUUUCAGAUCCUGACACAGGUCGGGCAAGGUGGCUAUGGUCAAGUCUACUUGGCGCAAAAGAAAGACACUAGGGAAGUCUGUGCGCUUAAGGUGAUGAGAAAGAAGCUGCUGUUUAAGCUCGACGAGAUCCGACACAUUUUGACCGAACGAGACAUCCUCACCGCCGCUAAGUCCGAAUGGUUGGUCAAGCUCUUGUACUCGUUCCAGGACGAUGAGCAGAUCUACUUGGCCAUGGAAUACGUCCCUGGAGGCGAUUUCAGAACGCUACUGAACAACACUGGUGUCCUACACAAUCGCCAUGCUCGCUUCUAUAUUGCCGAGAUGUUCGAAUGUGUCGAUGCACUGCACACUCUGGGCUACAUUCACCGCGAUCUAAAGCCAGAGAAUUUCCUCAUCGACGCCACUGGCCACGUCAAACUCACCGACUUCGGUCUCGCAGCCGGUAUGCUAAGUCCUAUCAAAAUUGAGAGCAUGCGAGUCAAGCUCGAGGAAGUCGGAAAUACUCCGGUACCAUUCGGUCUACCGCCUCCAGAAGAGCGCACAGCCGAGCAGAGACGAGAAGGGUAUCGAUCACUCCGCCGCAAGGACAUGAACUACGCCAAGUCGAUCGUUGGUUCUCCCGACUACAUGGCUCCCGAAGUGCUGAAAGGCGAGCAGUACGACUCCACAGUCGACUACUGGUCUCUCGGCUGCAUGUUGUUCGAGGCUCUGGCCGGCUACCCUCCAUUCGCUGGCGCCACGGUCGACGAGACCUGGCAGAACCUCAAGCGUUGGCAACGCGUACUCCGCAAGCCGGUUUACGACGAUCCUAACUAUUUUUUGAGUAAGCGGACUUGGGACCUGAUUACUCGUCUGGUGGCUGGCAAGGAGAAUCGCUUCAAGAACAUUGGCGAGAUCCACAAGCACGAGUACUUUGCAGAGGUAGACUGGGCCGGUCUUCGCGAACAAAAGGCUCCAUUCGUGCCAGAGCUCGACAGCGACACUGAUGCCGGCUACUUCGAUGACUUCAGCAACGAGGCAGACAUGGCCAAGUACAAGGAGGUGCACGACAAGCAGCGUGCAUUGGAGGAUAUGGCCGAGAGGGACGAGAAGAUGAACAAGAAUUUGUUCGUGGGAUUCACCUUCAGACACCGCAAGCCGAACGUCGAUGGCGAAGGCAAGCCUGAGAGCCCGAGGAAGGCCAUUGCUACCGAUGGCACCUUCGGCACUAUGUUCUGA